AGGGGAGCAAAGGAGAAGCUCAAGUUGUAGUGAAGCAGAAAUAGUCACAGACUACAAAGUUGUAUUUCAGUUUUCACAAGAUGGGGAAUGGAAGUUCGAGUGGAUCAGGUCCUGAUGAUCAAUGCUUUGAAACAAUCCUCAGCAUUGACGGGGGAGGAGUGCGAGGAAUCGUUCCUAGCGUAGUCCUUACUGCUCUAGAAGCUAAGCUUCAGAGGUUGGAUGUGGAUAACAUGGAUGCGAGGAUUGCAGAUUAUUUUGACUUUGUUGCUGGGACCAGCACAGGAGGUCUUAUGACUGCCAUGCUCACUACUCCGAAUGCUGAAAAACGACCAGCUUUUGCAGCAAAAGAUAUUCUCCAGUUUUAUCUGGACAAGAGUCAACUCAUAUUUCCUCAAACCACCGAACAAGACGAAGACGAUGACCUUUUCGAUGAUGAAGCUGCGAUCAAUUCUGUCCUGGAUGAAGCAAGAAACCAGAUCCAGCAAUAUAAUAAUGAAAUGAGGAAUCAUGUAAUUGUAGACCCUCUCAUUUCUGCAUUACGGUUUCUUUUAAAGUGGAGAUUGCUUCCUAACUUUAUCCGUAAGAAACUUCGGAGUCUAGUUUUUCCAAGGUAUGAUGGUGUCAAACUACAUGAGAUAAUCAAGGAGGAAGUGGGACAGAAACUUCUCAGUGAUGCUCUGACCAACGUGAUAAUCCCCACUUUCGACAUCAAGCUUUUUAAGCCAGUCAUAUUCUCCAGCUUAAAGGCAAAACGUGAGAAAUCAACCGAUGCUGGAAUAGCAGAUGUUUGUAUUGGCACGUCUGCAGCGCCAUAUUACUUCCCUCCUUAUAAUUUUAAAACAACCGUUGAUUUCAACUUAGCUGAUGGCGGUCUGGCAGCCAACAAUCCUUCGUUGCUAGCCGUGUGUGAGGUGAUGAAAGAACAAAAGAUGGAUGGUCGUGAGCUUCUUAUUCUUUCACUUGGAACUGGAGCAGCUGACCAGAGUGACAGGUAUGUGGUUGGAGAUCCCAGCAAAUGGGGCCUCUUAAGAUGGCUUUGGUAUAGCGAGAACAACGGCAGCCCAUUGAUUGAUAUCUUGACAACUGCACCAGAUGAGAUGAUUUCGACGUAUAUAUCCACAAUCUUUAAAUAUUGUGGCUGGGAAGAUAACUAUUAUCGUCUUCAGGCUAAGAUGAAACUCUCUGAGGCCAAGAUGGACGAUGCUAGCCAAGAAAAUCUGAACAAUCUCGUGAAGAUUGGUGACGAUCUUGCAGCAAAGCACGAUGCCGAUCUUGAAGCCCUUGCGCAAAAACUGAUUAAGAACCGGAAAGCUCGCUUGGCCAGAAUUUCUGGUUGAUACAUUCCAAGUACACAAAUGUGUCUCGUCUGAAGAACUAUGAUAUUUACUAUUUUAAAUUAUGUUUUUGAUUUGAGAAAUAAAUGGAGGCCUGCAAUAAUGUUAGUGCUGGAGUCAACAUGAUGCAUGUCGAGGCCGGCAUCGUUGCAAAACCAAAGCCAUAUUAUGUGGUUUAAAUUCAGGCUUCUUUUGUGAGUUUGUGUUCAGUGAUGAGUUUGAAAAUAAGACUUCUUGACGACUUUGUUUAAGAAAAGUAAUGUAUUUUUGUUCUUUCAAUUAAUGUUACGAAUUUUAUCAGUCA